ACGUUUAUUUAUGGCAAUUUCACACCAUAAAACAACUUUAAAACACAAAAAAAACACCCAAAAACAUGUCAUACAAAAAUGCGCAAUGAAUACGCUUUUUAAGUAACAAUCAUGUAGUGAUUGUCCGGCGUUGUAAAAAUUCAGCACUCCCACCGAAGCCGCUGGAUAAUCGAUAAUCAACUGUAUAUCUAUCGGAGGAGAUGUACGUACAUACGUACGUUGAACUUCUUUCGCACAUAGCUAACCGUGCUAAUUGGAGGUGCCGCCGGGGGACGGGGGGGGGGGAAGGUCAACGGACUAGACGCACCGCGGCGUGAACCUGAGCCGCGACCUCUUGACCUGGGCCCUUUUUUUCCCCAUAGGUCUGUGGAAUGUGCGGCAAUUACAACGGGAAUCUCGACGACGACGACCUGAUGCCCAACGGGGAAUCGGCGCCCAGCACCGCGCUGCUCGGUGACAGCUGGAGGGCCGCGGGCGACACGGACGCCGGGUGCCAGCCGGCCGCAACCCCUGACGGAUGCGAUGCAGCCGACAAUGAACUCUACGGGAGGAUGUGCAAAAUCAUCGUCUCCUCCUCCGGACCCUUUGCCAGCUGCCACAACGUCGUCGAUCCUGCCCUCUUCUUCCAGUCGUGCGUCUUCGACGUGUGUCAGUACGGCGGCAUGGAGAGCACGCUGUGCCACAUCCUGCAGGCCUACGCGGAGGCCUGCCGCGCCGAGAACGUUGACGUCCUGUGGCGUAACGAAACCUUCUGCCGUGAGUCUGUGCGAUUCCUGGUUUAGGAGGUGUUAACAGCCUCGCCUGGUAUGAAGGAGUUCGUGGGUUCGAUCCCGACCCCUGACGACACCUGCUGUAUAUUUGGAG